AAGCUUUGAUUCCUUGGUGUACAUUUUUAUUUUAAUCAUUUCUUGUAUAAAUUUUCGAUUUUAAUAAUUGUGAAUGUUAGGUGUAAAAUGGGUGCUGAAUAGAAGAGGUUAGCGGAUUUUUCACUGUUGAUUUAGAACUUGCCACCAGGUAACGGUGCGUCCAAUGGUGCUCCCUCGGGUGAAUGGAGGUAUGACAAACUCUUCUUCGAGUUCUGGAAUCUUUUUCCAAGGAGACCGGCAAUCCCAGGUCCAAGGAAAUCCCCAAUUGAGUUUUGGGAACUCGUCUAAUUCAAUACCAGAGAAUGCUUUUGUUAAUAUGGGUUUGGUUUCCGGAGAUGUUAGUAAUACAGUAUUGAACAGUGCAGCAAGCUCAGGGCCAAGUGUCGGGGCAAGUUCUUUGGUCACAGAUGCCAAUUCAGGACUAUCAGGAGGCCCCCGUCUGCAGAGAAGUGCUAGCAUUAAUACAGAAUCUUACAUGCGCUUGCCUGCGUCACCCAUGUCCUUCUCAUCUAACAACAUUAGCAUCUCUGGUUCGUCUGUUAUGGAUGGUUCCUCUGUUGUGCAGCAAAGCUCACAUCAAGAUCCAAGCUCCCAACAAGUCCAGCAAAGGCAGCAGCAUCAGGGAGCUUCAAGUGCCACAUCUUUACCUACGUCUCAGAUGGGACAAAUUCAGCUUCCUGGUGCUCCAAGGCUCCCUAGUGCCUUCAUUCAAGAUCCUACGAAUGUGUCUCAUCUGCAAAAGAAACCCCGAUUGGAUAUCAAGCAGGAAGAUAUUUUACAACAGCAGGUUCUGCAGCAGCUGCUACAGAGACAAGAUCCCAUGAACUUACAGAACCCAAGUCCUCAGUUGCAAGCUCUGAUUCAGCAGCAGAGACUAAGGCAACAACAACAACAGCUUCUACAGUCUAUGACACCAAUGCAGCGGGCUCAGUUGCUGCAGCAGCAACAGCAGCAGUUGCAGUUAAGGCAGCAGUUUCAACAACGGGGAUUGCAACCUGCAUCUGCAGUGAAGCGUCCCAAUGAUAACGGUGUAUGCUCUCGCCGCCUAAUGCAAUACUUGUUUCAUCAGAGACAGCGGCCUCCUGACAACACUUAUGCUUAUUGGAAGAAGUUUGUGGCUGAAUAUUACUCUCCACGUGCAAAGAAGAGGUGGUGUCUAUCCUUGUAUGAUAACGUUGGCCAUCAAUCGCUCGGGGUAUUCCCCCAGGCAGCGAUGGAUGCAUGGCAAUGUGACAUUUGUGGUUCAAAAUCUGGGAGGGGAUUUGAGGCAACUUUUGAAAUACUCCCUAGACUUAAUGAAAUCAAAUUUAGCAGUGGUGUCAUUGAUGAGAUCUUGUUCUUGGACUUGCCAAGUGAGUGUAGACUCCCUUCAGGAAUGAUGAUGGUGGAGUAUUCAAAGGCAGUUCAAGAAAGUAUAUAUGAGCAACUUCGUGUUGUUCAUGAGGGUCAGCUACGUAUUAUUUUCACCCCCGAAUUAAAGAUACUGUCUUGGGAAUUCUGUGCUCGGCGCCAUGAAGAACUUCUUCCCCGUAGAUUAGUUGCACCACAGGUAAACCAAUUAUUGCAAGUUGCUCAGAAGUGCCAAAGUUCGAUCGACGAAAGUGGACCUGACAGAGUUUCUCCCAAGGACUUAAAGGCAAACAGCAUUAUGGUUGUAACAGCUGGACGUCAACUUGCUAGGAAUUUGGAGUUACAAUCAGUUAAUGAUUUUGGAUUUUCCAAAAGAUAUGUGCGAUGCCUACAGAUAGCUGAGGUUAUCAAUAGCAUGAAAGACCUGAUGAAUUUCUGCAGGGAACAAAAAGUCGGGCCAAUUGAUGGCUUGAAGAAUUUUCCGCGGCCCACCAACAUUCAGAUGCAAAAGAUGCAAGAGAUGGAGCAGAUGGGAGGUCUUCAGGGUCUGCCUACUGACCGUGACACGCUCAAUAAACUAAUGUCAUUGCAUCCUGGACUCAAUACCCAAAUGAACAAUAACCAGUAUAUGGUUGGUCGAAAACCUUUGACUGGAUCAGUGCAGGGUGCUCUUCCAUUGGCAAACUACCAAAAUAUGUUGAUGAGACAAAACUCAACGAACUCAAACCACAAUUCUCUUCAGCAGGAGGCGUCCUCUUCUUUUAAUAAUUCUAACCUGGUUCCCAAUUCUACACUUAGAGGCUCAUCUACUGGUAAUUUGCAGAAUUUAUCGGUCAGUGGCUUUUCUAGUUCUUAUGCACUACAGCAGCAUGAACAGCAACGUGCAUCCAGUGGUAAUGGGUUAAUGCUGCAAAAUCAACCUAAACCUUCCCAAGGCAGCCAAGCUUUACAACAACAAAUGAUCCAGCAAUAUCUGCAGGACAUGAACAAUAACAAUAAUGGGACUUCGGUUCCACAGCAGCCCGUCACUAUGCAAGGUGCAGGUGGCAAUGUACCAGGGGACGGACCUAAUUCAGGGGCAACUGCUCCAUCUGCAUAUGGACCUGGAAAUGUUGUUGGACCUACUCUAAGUGGGAGUAAUAGUUUCAAAACUGCUUCACACUGUGAAUCGUCUGCUGGGGGUGGGAAUAAUGGAUGCAGCCAAAAAGCAUCAUCAGGUUUACCUUUAUCAGGUGAAAUAGUACGUGACAUUGUGCAUGAAUUCACAGAGAAUGGGUUCUUUGACAGUGAUCUGGAUGAAAUGAGCUAUAGCUGGAAAGCAUGACUAAUGUAAUUUACCUCGUUAAUAGCUAUAAUCAGGGUGUGAAUUUUGUCAUCAAUGUCUGCACAGUUUGUCCAGUCAUUAUCUUCUCUUUUUCUUCUUGUUCUGCAAAGUUACGGAGCUUGCCUGCAGCACUUAGUAGUGUACUAUUUUUCAAAAAUAUUUAUAUGGUUAACCUCUUGUUGCUUUUCUUUUCAUAAUCUUCUGGCAAAAUGUAAUCGAAGGAUAUAAACUGAAAUGUCUUUUAACUUCAUAUUGAUAAUUUGGCUUGGUUUUCUUA